UGAUGUGAGUGCAAGUAAAAUAGUUUUCAAUUCCAUAGACAGACCAAUGUAGGCUACAUCUUUUCUUAUAUUUUUAUUUAUCUUGUUUUUAUUUUCUACCUGUCAUGUUUGAAUUGUGGUGUUAGCCUGUGUGUGAGUGUUUCUUUUCUAAUCUGAAUGCCACUACUGAAAUUGCCCCUCGGAAGAGUUCAUCUACUCUAUACUAUUUCUGAAUAGAUACAAAAAUGGUUAUAGCCUAGUGCCCUUGCAUGGAGUGGCUGUAGAGAUUAUAGUGAAGCAGCAGCCCAGAAAGGGAGGCUUUCAGACCAUGCAGACACCAAUCCUACAGGUGGGCAAAGAUUGUCUAUUGUAUUAACAAGAUAGUCAAGUGACCGCUCUAACAAUGGAAAUACAUGUCCUCAGAGAUGGAAGGCAGGCCAGAUCAGCUGGGACCAUUCUAGCCAAUAAGAGAGCAGAUACGCAUGUUAACAACAGGCCAUAGAGAUAGAUGACUAAUUUUUGUGUCUGUGCCAUUAUAGCAUCUGUGUCAGCAUUCUCCAUAUUAAAGUAGUCAAUUUUCAUCUUCUUCAUUAGCGGAUUGCACCCAACUCAUAGGCAUCCCCACCCAGUUGACUACUUUAAAAUGGUGGAAGCCCUCAAUGGCAAUGUCCAUGCUAAAACUGGUUUUAUAUAACAGGUGGUUUGGAAUUCCCAUUGUUAAAGCCUAUCCUGCCCAUGUUAUACUAAACAACAUACACAUAGCCACUACAUUCAUAAAAAGUGUCAUUGUUUACAUCGUUAUCUAGCAACGCACUACUACUACAACAAUGUUGCAAUAUUGACAUUCGAUCUCCACUAGUAAUGGGAGUCAGGAUGAGACAGACAGGCAGCUUUUCUUAGCCAGUCAAAAUCAUGAAUCAACAUACUUGUAUGGACACAUGCAAACGAAAUGCAGCUCGUUCGCAGUCUUUCCAGCUUCAGUCUGAAGUGAUUGUGUUAGCUGUGUAGUUAGCUAGCUCACAGGGGGGAAACAGCCCCCUUAGCAAUGAUUUUUGUUUGCCACAGCAACCUGCAAAGUUCUUCAACUAUCAACCAUCACUUACAAAUUGAACUAAAAACCAUAGAACAACUAAAAUUGCACUUGACAACCAGUUUUGGUGAAUGUAGCAUCAUGUUUUGUUGAAAAAUUAAUGGUUUGGGAAAUAAUUUAGCUUUUUAAUGUUGGCAACCUGUGUUGAAAAAUUCAUGGUUUGGGAAAUAAUUCACUUAUAUUAGUGCACUCCUAACAACCUAAACAUUACAAAACGUAUAUUUGAUCAAAUAAGCGACACGUAGCAACUUAGCAAUUAUAUUUUUGUUGUUGAUCAAAUUCGACUCUCUCGUUGACCUCCAAACCAAAAUUCCUCACUUCGCGGGCUUAUUUUCGUAGACAGAUUUUGUCUCCGUAAAACCUCUCGCAUCGUCUUUUCUUCUCUGAGAUGGGCCAGCCACUUGGACACGGAGUUCGAAAUAGACGUUCCCUCGUGCGUCGCCGCUUGGCUUGAGCUGUCGCUCCUUCUCUUCCUCUCCGGGAUGGUGAGGUGAUUCGGAGCAUGAGCAAUGGGACUGAGCUGACACAGAACCUAAACCCCAAAGCAACGCUGGACUUUCAGAACGCGGAGAAGAAGCCACUCGACAUUGCUCGCAGUUUCAAGGAUGUUCUUCCCAGAUGUGCCGCCACCCAUCAAUUAUGCACUCGUGUUGGGAAUAACGUGUCUGACGGUCUUCUGCAACUUCACCAAAGGUUCCUCUGAGUUUUCAGGUUACCUGUCCAACGUGUUGAGGAACUACACCGAGCAGGCGGGCGAUGGCGACUUCCUGUCGGUCCACUGCCCGCCCCGCACCACCAUCGCUAUCCAAUCGGCUUUCUAUGACAGGAGUGGCCCCUUCCACCCCCAGCAGGGCCCGUCCUACCACAGACCCACUCUUUUAGGGACACUCCCACUGGAGGAUGACUUGCAUUGUUACAUGUCCACAGCACUACAGAAAAUGUUGGAUGAGUGCCAGGACAGGAGGAGCUGUAAGGUCCUUGUCAACAGUCGUCUCUUUGGGAUGGACCCGUGCCCCAGCAGCAGCAAACACCUCAUUGUGUGGUACAACUGCAGGCCUAAUGAGUAUAAGAAUAAGGUGGCGUGCGAGGAGGAGAGAAUGAAGCUGACCUGUAAACGGGGAAUGCAGAUCGCCGUCUACUCGGCCAUGUUCGGUCGAACCCAGCAGGGUACCCUGGAGUGUCCUACCCACCACAGGAGGGCGUCGUCCGUAGACUGCCAGUCGGGCGUGGCUCUCCAGGUGUUGACGACACGGUGUCAGGGGAAACAGAGCUGUUUCGUCCAAGCGUCCACGCAAGAGUUUGGGGACCCCUGCUACUCGGGCACCAGGAAAUAUCUCAGUGUCAUCUACGCAUGUGACCCUAGCCGAGCUCUCCGGGAGGGAAGGGGGAAGAACCAACACUCACGGACACAGAGAGAAGCGUACUACCUGGGCCCCGGAGGAUUUUCCACUCAGUCAUGUGUGUUCCCAAAGAAGUUGCUGCUGCAGGAGCCCAACCCCAGAGUGGCAGUGUACCCCCCGUCACCCAGUGCCCAUGACCCAAACGUGGUUGGAGACAGCGCCCUCCCUGAUGGGACCUCGGUCAUAACCUUGGAGUCUGUGCUCUCAGGAAAGAAGAAGCGAGGGAGGGAGUUUGGUUCCUACUCUGGGGAGGUGAAGACAAAUGAGGGAGGAGUGGAGGACAAAGCCCCCCGGCCGCCAGACAUGAACCCUGUGAUCAAUGCUACAACUGUCAGCACCGACAUGUCCCUUAUCAGUAGCUCACUGGCAGCCUUCAACUAUAUAGCAGACCACCCAGAGCGCGCUGCGCUCUACUUUGUGUGCGGCGUGUGCCUGGGCCUCCUCCUCACCCUGUUUGCUCUGGUGGUCCAGAUCUCGUGCCGCACCGACUGCCAGCCUCGCCGCCGCUGCCCCGGCACCACCACCAAGAACCGCCUGCGGCCCACCGACUCCUCAUCGGACUCCAGCGACUCAGACUCGGACUGGGAAACCACGUCGGAUCUAUCCGCGCGCCGCCACCGCCGCUUCGAGCGCACGCUCAACAUGAACGUGUUCACGUCUGCGGAAGAGCUGGAGCGGGCACAGCGUCUGGAGGAGAGGGAGAGGAUCAUACGAGAGAUCUGGAUGAACGGUCAACCCGACAUACCCGGGACGCGGAGCCUCAACCGCUAUUAUUGAGGACCGUAAAUGAACCGCUACUAGAUCUAGAUGAACCCGGGACACGGAGCCUCAACUGCUAUUAUUGAGGACCGUAAAUGAACCGCUACUAGAUCUAGAAAGGGGGCUGUGAAGGUUGGAGUGCAGUACUUGAGAUGGGAUGUGUAGGACCACAAAAACACACUAGGGUUUGGGGAUGGGGGGAAGGGACCCCACCACCGGACCUGGUUUUCGGAGGUGUGCAUGAUAACAGGACCACUUUGGACUGCGGGGGUUUGGAACCGCACGAUGGAACACGGUGACGCUUGCAGACCAGGAAGGAUAAAUAUCGCCCUCUGUCUGUCAGUCAGUCUGUGUCCGUGUGGGCACUGUAAAGCAAAAAAAUAACUCUGUUGAUGCAGUGAGAAUAAGCUCCUACUUCUCAGCAUGGUAAGCUUGACCCGGAGCCUGCCUCUCAUUGGUGGAGGAUGAAGGUGAAAGGUCAGCUAACUGCACUGCCUCACAUUUUACCUCAUCGCACCCUCCUGAAGUGGAUGAUCUUGAGAUACUGAGACUGUGAAGCCUGAAAGGUCAAAGGUGACUUAAGGACAGUUGCCAAUGUUACUCCAGUGUUGCCUAGUGGAUAUUGAGAAUUGGGCAAAUCUGAAAGCGUGCAGCUUGCUUUAUGCUCACUCACCCUCCAGUAUUCAAAUGGUCGAAUGGCUUUAGGAGAGGCGUAACAGUUCAAAGGACAUCGUGACACUCAAAGUGAAACUUACAGCGUAACACUUACAGUCAAAUUGGACAGUGGGACAGUGGACCAACAACGUCACAAUCUUUAAGAGGAAAAUGACCAAGGUCAACCAACGCUGUCUCUUGAACCCAAAAUGUGUUUUGUUUUUUUUAUUCUUCUCAAACAUUUUAUGAAAUCUAUUUUAUAUAAUAUUUAAUAGUUGUAUUGUUGUGUGUUUUUGUCUUUACGGUUAUUAUUAUGAGAUAUUUUUAUACUGCGGUUAUCAAAACUUGUCUGGCACCUCAGGGAUGCAAUCCUAGGGGAGUCCAAAAUGGCACCCUAUUUCCUUUAUAGUGCUCUACUUUUGGCUAGAACCUUAUAAGGGUCUGGCAAAUCUCUGGCUAAAAUUAGUGCACAACAUAGGGAAUAGGGUGCCGUUUUGGAUGUAGCCCCUAGCGUUUUUGUGUAUGGUAGUUUCUAUUUGUUUCUUAAGAAGAGGAUUGGGGCCCGAAUUCAUUAAGCUUCUCAUUGUAGGAGUGCUGAUCUAGGAUCAGGUCCCCCAUCUCCAUGUAAUCUGAUUCAUUAUGAUAUAAAAGGCUAAACUGAUCCUAGAUCAGCACUCUUACUCUUGAGUCACUUCAUGAAUACAGUCAAUACUAUACAAUACUCCAGAUGUGUCAGCAUUUGAGCAUUGGGCGAGUAACCGAAAGGUUGCUGCAUAGGAUCCCCGAGCUGACAAGGUACAAAUCUGUCGUUCUGCCCCUGAGCAAGGAAGUUAACCCACUGUUCCCUGGGCGCCGAAGACGUGGAUGUUGAUAAUGGCAGCCCCCCGCACCUCUCUGAUUCAGAGGGGUUGGGUUAAAUGCGGAAGACAUUUCAGUUGAAUGCAUUCAGUUGUACAACUGACUAGGUAUCCCCCUUUCCCAUUUAUAAAAUGAAAAAACACCAUGGAAAACACCUCGAAGAGGUCAAGUGAUUUAAUAGGCUUAUUUUUUAUAUGUUUUAAUAUGCACAGUGCAGUGGCCUACCUGGCAACAAGGAUGUCUAUUGGUGGAGAAGGUAACCCAGUCAAGCUGUUAUAUUAGAAUCCAUCAAUCAAUUGCAAUAAUCUUUUUCUCACUUUGUCAAACAGGCUUGUGUGUGUGUUGUCCACAUGAAAAUGGCGAGGCUGGCCCUAGAUCAGUUUUGUCAUGCCAGUGGCCAUAGGACUUGUCAAGACAGCACAAAAAGAUCUAGGACCACAGGCAAGGAAAUGGCUACAGAACAAAAUCCUGUUAAUUUGCCUACCAGUGAAAGAGCUUCCUAAAUAUUACUGUGGUCAUCACUACUAGGGUUAACCACCACGUGACACUGUUGGGCUAUCUGUCAGGUAUUAUUGUAAUGAUCAUGUUGUUAAUAAUAUAAGCUAUUAUCACUACAGUUCAGUUGCACUGGGUGAACCGUAGGAAUCAUGGUUUAUCAAAAGAAGUUUGGGAUUUUCUUGCGUGAGAGGUGAAAUGAGAAGGCAGUGACGAAUCUUCACUCCAACUGCAAUCAAUUAUGUUUUUUUUUUUAUUGAAAAAGCUUGUGUUUCAGUUUCAAUGGGACAGAAAAUAUGCCAAUACAAUAGCUGGUAAGUGAGACCAAAAUAUGACUCCUGUGCUUGGAAUAAACUGUGUUGAAAACUGUGUUGGAAAUAAGGUCUUGACUCAUCUUGUUUUAUUUUUACCUAGUUAUGUGAAUUCACACAAAUAUUUGAUCCACAUCACCACUGUUCAGUGUAUCAUGAAGAUUGUGCGCCAUCUGGUGGCGAAACAUGCGACUUUUGCGCAUUUUAUUUUGGUGAUGUAAGUUUUGUUUAUAUUUCCCAUAGCAACUGAAACUAUUCCUGUUUCCUUAGUCACAUCACCAUAUUUAAACCAGAUUUCCAUGGGAGUUUGAUUAAAUAAAAGGUGAAUAUCC